GUCUCCAUCGUCAUGCGGAGAUGUCGCGAGAUUGCAACGCUUAGGGUACUCCCGUAAUUCCGGCGGAUGCGUGUAAACCGCGUGUACGGUCACGUGCACGUGCAUAUCAUGUGUAUACGUAUGUUAAAGCUUGGCUACGGCCCUGACUGAGUUAACAGGAGGCAUUCUACCGUGAUAAAUUCACCAUCGCCUUCGCCAUCGCCGUCUAAGUGGGGUGGCAGCGGAGAAAGUGCACUAACUUUAUAUAUAUUUGCGCGACGGGGCCAUCGUACGUAUUUUCGAUACAGCUGUCACCAAUUGUGAACACGCGCAAUCUCGUGACGAGAAGAGAUAACCAAAAUACGGCGCCGAAUCGUCGAGAGGAUGAUGUUGAUCGGACUAGUAUUGUUCUUUAUGUGGGCCAGGACCGCCGUGUCGGAGCUGCCUGCUGGAGUAUCGACGUGUCCACGAACGAACAACUUGUCGGAAUACAAUAAGUGCAUUUUAAAGCAGCUGCAAGCGCUCACGCCGUAUCUCGUUAAAGGAGUGCCCUCUUUGAAACUACCAGCUUUAGAUCCUUUGUUUCUACCAUCCUUGUCCAUAGAUAGAAAUUUAGAAUCCUUGAAAAUCAAGGCCAACUUGACGCAGAUUCGUGUUUACGGCGGCACAAAUUACGUCGUGCAAGAUCUCAAAGCGAAUCCCAAUGACUUAACGGUUUCCAUCAAGGCUCGUAUGCCUCAUUUGUAUGUAAGCGGCGAUUACGAUAUUCAGGGUAGGCUAUUGCUGCUGCCACUGAGCGGAAUUGGUAACUUUAAAGGAAACUUCACUGACACUGAUGCCCAAGUAAACGCGCAGGCCAAAGAAGUUACUGACAAAAACGGUAUACAGAGAUUACAGAUCGACAAAUUAGUUACUAAAGUUCGUGUUGGUCAUGGAAAUAUUGUAUUAAAGGCACCUCCUGCACACACAUUAGCCGCCAAUGCUGCCGAAGCGUUCUUCAAUGGUAAUCCUCGCCUAGUCCUGGAAAUAGCCAGUCCAAUAAUCGAGGAUGCGGCCGCGACUGUAAGCGAAGCUCUAGCCUCUAGAGCACUCAGUGUUCUUACUAAACAAGAACUUGUCCCAUAAUUCUUAAAUAAUCGAGUUUUGUUUGACUCGAUACAUUGUUUUGUCUUUAAAAAAAAAAAGAUAGAAAAAAAGGAUAGAAGGCGAAUGAGUAUUAUUGAUCUGAUUUAGUUUUUCUUUACUUUAUCACGCACCGUGGUAAUUUUUUAGACAGUUGGUGAGAUAUGUAGAGAUUAUUGUUUUAUAUGUCCAAAGAAUACUUUAUUAAUAAAUCACAUUGUGCAAUCUUGGAGAGACUUACACUUUUUUACACUUUUGCAUGUAGAAAAUAUUGAAAUGUUUUUUUCCUUUAUAUAGCACGAUUACAAGAAGAUAAUUGAUUAGUUUAAUUGAUUAGCUGAGUUUCUUGUUUACUUUACAAAUUAUUAUUUACACAUUUUCUUGUUAUAUAUAUAUAUACAUAACUAUCCUGAACAUGAAUAUCGUACGUUUAUUGUAUACAAUAAAUAAAAAAAAUAUUAUUUAAAUAUUAAAAUUGCACAAAAAUUAUUGUAACAAUCUUUCCAAAGUUAAUUACAAAUUGCACAUAUAAAAUCACAUGCAUGUUUUACAAAAAUAAAUUUUUAUUUUAAUAUUAUUAAGUUGAAAUAUAAUUUCUAAGAUUUCACAAUUUUUCUUUGACUCUUUUUCUCUUCUUUAUUUUCCGAAAGAAGAAAAAUGUAAUAAAAAUAAUUUUUUUUAGAGAAAAGUUUUAAAAUAACAACGUUAUCGAUAUUGUUAAUAUUCAAGAAAAAGGAAUAAUUUGUUGUGUAGUAUAUGGCAGAGAAGCAAGUGGUGUUAAGAUUCCCAAUUUAAAUUUUGUACAAUAAUUUUGUUAAUAAUCAAUAUUAAAAAUUGAAAAUUUAACGAUUACAUUUGUCAAAUGUAUUGUUUUAGACUCAAAGUUAUAUAUAUAUAUACAUAUAUAUAUAAUAUUAAUUACUUAAGAUGUUAUUCAUAAAAAUGUAACGAUAUUGUAGAAUAAAUGAAAAAGAAACAGGCGUGAAAAUGUAGCCGCUGUACAAAAAUAUUUUAUAAAAAUAGAUUUUAUUAAAAAAAAAAACACUGUGUUUUAAAGAACUAUAACUAGAAGCUCGUAACAGUAGAUGGUUAGAGUUCAAUUACGUUAUCAAGAGGUAACUCUCCUUCUCUCUCCCUCCACACUAUGGAAAUCUGAAUGAAAUCGUACCAAUUGCAGAUUGCGUUACUUGUGCUAUCCUUAUUCAUAUGCAUGUAGAUUAGAAGGGAUGCUACAAAAUUCGCUAUAACGAUGUUCUAUACUGUAUAUUUAUUUAAAAUAAAGAGAAAAUAUUGCAGAAUCUAUUUAAAUGUAUGCACACAAUCUUUUUCCAUACAUACUGCAGUAUUGAAAAUCUCUAAUAAAUAUAAUAUAAACCACAAAUUAGUAGAAUUAGUAGAAUUAACUUAUCGAUUACUAUUUCAAUAUGAAAGCUAAAAACAGGACUAUAUUAGGUUUGUUAAAAUAUCAGCAAGUUUAAGAAGUUACAUUAGCAAAAUCCCAUGUUACCAUUUAAUUUUGAGUACCUUCACAUUUGUAUAGUCCAA